AUGUUUGUCUUCUACGCUUUUCUCUCUUUACUUGCUCUCGCAUCGGCUGCAAAGCCAUGGGAAGAAGAAACUCGUGAACAAUGGUGGUUCGAUCGUCAUAAUUCAUUUCUACAACAAACACAGUCAAAUCCAAAUGGUAUUCGAGUUGUUUUUCUUGGAGACUCAAUAACGGAAGCAUGGCUAUACGGUGCAAGAAGUAUUUGGGAUCAGCAUUAUGCUUCGCGUGGAGCGGUCAAUUACGGUAUCGGCGGUGAUCGUACACAACAUAUACUUUGGAGAAUUCGUAAUGGAGAAUUGACUGGCUUAACACCAAAACUGGUUGUGUUAAAAAUCGGUACAAAUAAUUUGGGUGGUGCAACAGAAGAUGAAAUUGCUUUAGGUAUUCAAACAAUUGUUCAAGAUAUUCGACGCAUGCUACCUCAAACACGUAUAUUAUUAUUAGCUGUUUUACCGAGAAAUAAUGUUCAGUGGAUUAGUGAUGCUGUGACACGGAUAAAUACUGCUAUAUCAAAAUUCGAUGAUGGUUAUUGGAUACGCUAUCUAGAUAUGACUUGGGCGUUUCAAAACUCACAUGUACAGGUUAAACCUGAACUAUAUGAUCCUGAUCUAUUACAUUUAGCUGUACCAGGUUAUCAAAUGUGGUAUCAGACAAUGGAACCACUCUUCUUCGACAUGCUUAAUUACUAA